AUGCAAAAUUCAGUUUAUUUUGACCACACAGGGUCCUUUGCGUCCAGUAGCGACAAUAUUGUGUCGAGUGCCACCAACACACACAAUAUUUCUCCCAGUCAUCGUUCCAGUUUAAAUCUGAACACUUCUUCCCAUGCUCACGAGGCACCUGGUAGAGGAAGCGCCAGCGGGGACUUGUAUUUGAAUGACACAAAUUCGCCUUUAGCCAUAUCAUCUAUGCUCAAUACUCUUACUCUUGGCAAUAACUCUAUGCCACAAGAUAUGACAAACAGCAACACUAAUAGCCACGAUAAUAACAUUAAGGGGAACUACAGCCUGCAAUUAUCAAAUGUGCCCAAGGAUAUCACCCUUAGAGAGUGUUAUGCAAUUUUCGCUCUUGCUGAAGGCGUGAAAAGUAUAGAAUUGCAGAAAAUAAAUUCCUCAGCAAGCAUUGUUAACGCUUCUUUGGAGGACGAAAAUGAUAUUUAUGUCAUUGCUAGAUUUGAAUUGCUGUACCUAGCAAUCAAUUACGCCGUUAUUUUGAACUCAAAAGAUGAAUUAUUUGGACCUACUUUUCCCAAUAAGACUUCCGUGGAGAUAAUAGAUGAAACAACAAAAAAUUUAGUGUCGUUUCCGUCACCCAAUGUUUUCCAUGAAAACUCGAGGCUGAACAAACAAAACCCUGGUAUGAAAAGGCCAAGUUUGCUAUCGCAACGUUCAAGAUUUUCAUUCAGUGAUCCAUUUUCUAAUGAUUCUCCUCUAACCCAGCAGCAACCUCAACCUCAACAACAACAGUUGCAACAGCAACAGCAACAGCAACAGCCAUCUCAGAAACAUUCACCACAGGAGUCCAAUCAACAACAAAUGAAUUCUUCAGUGCCGCUAUCUUCACAUGGGCAAGUCAUUGGGUUACAUUCCAACCGCUCACAUCAAGAACUGCCCGUGGAACCAUCAAUUUCGACAUCUGAAAUUAGCAAAUCCUUUCUGUUGAGAGAUAACACCGAAAUCAAUGAAAAGAUAUGGGGUACCAGUGGUAUACCUUCCAGCAUCAACGGUUACAUGAGCACACCUCAACCUUCCACACCAACUCUAGAAUGGGGGAACGCUUCAGCAUCUCAACAUGGCUCUUCAUUCUUUCUACCUUCUGCAGCAUCCACAGCUAUUGCGCCUGUUAAUAGCAGUACAAAUGCCAAUACCAAUGCCAAUGCCAACGCUAACGUCAAUAGCGGAACAAACAACGCUGGCACCGCUGCACUUUCUGCCAGCUCUCAACAACCGAUGAUGCAAAUGGGUAAUGCAAUCAACAACUCCUUAUCAUCCUCAAAUUCAUUGCCCCCAUACGGCUUAAUGUCUUCUCAGACACAGCACAUGUCGAAUAUGGUCAACACUUCCGAUAUGAAUAUCACACCUCAAAAACAGAACAGAUUUAUGCAACAACCACAACCAGAGCAUAUGUAUCCUGUGAACCAAAGUACUACUCCUCAGAAAGUACCGUCUGCAAGGCUAAGCUCGAGUAGAAAUUCACACAAGAACAACUCCACCACUUCAUUAUCCUCCAAUAUAACUGGAUCUGCCUCGAUUUCACAGGCAGAUUUAUCACUACUAGCGAGAAUCCCGCCACCUGCCAACCCAGCUGAUCAAAAUCCACCUUGCAAUACUCUAUAUGUUGGCAACUUACCCUCUGAUGCUACUGAACAAGAACUAAGGCAAUUGUUUUCAGGUCAGGAAGGUUUUAGGAGAUUGUCAUUCAGAAAUAAGAACACCACAUCUAAUGGUCAUAGUCAUGGACCAAUGUGUUUUGUCGAAUUCGAUGAUGUUAGCUUUGCGACAAGAGCAUUAGCCGAAUUGUACGGUAGACAAUUACCUCGCUCUACAGUGAGUAGUAAAGGAGGUAUAAGGUUAAGCUUUUCAAAGAAUCCAUUGGGUGUUAGGGGACCAAAUAGCAGGAGAGGAGGUACUAGUAACCCAAAUCCUACUGUAAAUAUGCUCUCAAGCUACAAUUCUAAUGUUGGCCAUAUAAAAAACUGA